GUUUUCAGCCUGAGAAGAGACCUGGCCGCAGACUACCGGAGGCUCUAUACCGGGGAGAAAAACGGACUCGUACCAUUCGAGAAAGUAUAUUUUUUUCGUGUGUCAAAUUCAGUUUUUUCCUGUCUAGGUAUUUCAGUUGAAAAGACCGUGUUCCGGUUCCCGUCUAGCGGACCGAGGCAGGUGUUCGGUUCGCGCUCUCCGCGCCGCUCGAGAUGUUCUGAAAGGAGCGCGAGACGCCCGCUCUCCAACCGUCGCUUUUCUACUUGUUGUUCAAAGUAACUUUUCUGGAUAUAAAACCCUGAACAAAAAACCGAUUUGUUAUAUAUAUAUAUAUUGUAAGGUUGUUUUUAGGAAGAAGCGAAGACACUGUGUCGUUUUAUCGGAACAUUUCCAGCUGUCUCGUCGUCUUGUUUUAGAUGUAAAAACGGUGUCGCGGUGUGUCGUCCCUGUCCUCCGCUCAACGCGGUGUGUGUGUUUUGGGUUUGUCUUUAUACGGACUGACAAGCCUACUCACAACUGAACUGCUCCGUUUCACCUUGUUUAGUUGGUAGAAAUUCGGGAUUGAAUGUAAACUAACGGAAGGUGUGUUUCUGGUUGUUUAACCUGUUCGCGUUGUAACCGGAGACGAGCGGCAAGCGGACCGGAGAGAGAGGUGGAGAGUUUCCGCUACAUUUUUACCCCGCUUGAAUGGUUAAUUCAUAGUUAACCUGAAUAUUUAACUACAUGUUUUCUGAAGCCCAAAGUGCUACUUCAUAACAAACUUGGACUCGGUUCUGGAGCCAGUAAACAGACUAACUGGUGAAUUCGCCUGGAUCGAUAGUAUAGUAGUAGUAAUGGUUAACAAAUUGAUUUUUUCCCCCGUAAUCACCACAAUAAGCCCGAAUGGAUCAUUUAUGCGCUUUAUUGACCGCCAUUAAUUCCGUCUAAACACCCACAUGAUCUGCUGGAAAAAUCCCCGCUGAAGACAUCACAACAAGCAGGGAUUUAUCGGGGCCGGAGCCCGACUUGCUGAUAUAAUCGGAUCAAUCCAAAUCCCACUCUCUCUCUCUCUCUCUCUCGGAUGUAUUAAUUCUGCUCCUGCGGGAUCACUGGUAAUGAACAUGAGAUAUCGCAGGAGACAGAAACCUACCGAGCCCCGGAGAGGCGAGGGUGAGGGACUUUAUUAAAGGCAAACCGAGAGGCCAAGCUGCCAGGACCGGGAAGGAGCUGUUCGUGUCACUGGUGUUUGUUGUUGAUCAGCCCGGGCACAACGGGACGCGAGGGAAUUGUCACGGGGGACGGUGGGAGGGACUCUGAUUCAGCGACCCACGGGGAGGAGACACCCACCCCAGAGCGCCUGUUAGCCGGCCAGUCCUCCAGGGGGAAGCCGGUGACGGUGACGCACUGUGGAGCAAGUGGAAGCCCUUCAUCUCACAUUUCUCUCCUUUCUCCUCCUCUCCGUUUCCCUCGUGCUCAGCGCACCGGAAGAGGCUCCAACAACAUCAAAACACAACCGGAGACUACUUGCAUUAACCCGACCAAACCCAUCCGUGGAUUCCCCGUGGAUCACCUCUCUAAUAUGAAGCCUCUCCAUUCUAAUGGAAUUACGCGCAAGGGUCGCGCCGCCGUGGGAGCUGUUCCGCCCGGGGCGACAUGGAUCACGAUGCCGCCCGAGGCCACCCGCGGCCCAACACAGAGAGGGGUGAAGCUGGGACUGUGGAGCUUCAGCUGGAGCUGGUGGUCUCUCUUCCUGCUCCUCCUCAGCGGCUGGAUAAACAUGUUGAAUGCACAAGAUAUAGCUCCAUAUUUCCGUGUGUCUCCGGGCCAGGUCCAGACCCAUCUAGAGGGUAACAGGCUGGUACUGACCUGUCUGGCUGAAGGCUCAUGGCCUCUACAGUACCGAUGGAUCCUCAACAACACAGAUAUCACACACUUCUCUCCACUAUACACGUAUGUUAUCCCAGAGGUCCAGAGGUCGGAUGCUGGGUUGUAUCAGUGUGUGGUCAGGAACAGGAUGGGAGCCCUGUUACAGAGGAGAGCUGAGGUGCAGGUCGCCUUCAUGGGUAACUUUUCUGGUGAAGAGCAGCGUCGUACGGUCAGUGUUGGUCGAGCUGCGGUCCUGAACACUCCAACCGUCAGCUGCUUCCCUAGACCGCAGGUCACCUGGUACAGAGACGGUCACAAGAUAAUCCCCAGCAACAGAGUAGCCAUGUCGUUGGACAAUCAGCUGGUUGUCUUGUCGGCCAGGGCGGCUGACGCGGGGCGGUACUACGUACAGGCGGUCAACGGGCUGACUGGACAGAACCACACCUCUCCCUCUGUCUACCUCAGCAUGGCAGACCCUGAUGCUCUGGUUGAGCCCGUGGCUCCGGUGAUUGUGAUUGGUCCGAAGAAUAUGUCUGUCGUGGCAGGGAGGGAAGCUACACUUGAGUGUAUUGCUAACGCCAGGCCGGUGGAGAGGCUGGUGUUGUCGUGGAAACGUAAUGGGCGUCGGCUGGCCAGUGGAGUGGGCGUGUUCGGGCGUCGCCUGACCCUCUCUAGCCCCUCCCUCUCAGAUGGGGGCGUGUACGUGUGUGAGGCAUCGCUUCUCAACUCCACCACCAGACCCACCGAGGCCCGGGCCCAUCUCACUGUACUGGAGCCUCCGUACUUCACUGCUGAACCCAGACUGAAGAGUGUAGCAGCGGUGGACAGGAACGUGGACUUACACUGUCAGGCCAAGGGAGUCCCCCCGGCCCGUAUAGAGUGGUAUAAAGACGCUGUGCCCGUAUCCAAGUUGGCCAACCCUCGCUACAAGGUUACCGCGGCAACAGGUCUGACUGUGCGGAGAGUCCAACCAGGAGAUGCCGGAAUGUUCCAGUGUUUCGCUCGGAACGCUGCCGGAGAGACACAGACACACACACAGCUGGUGGUCACUAGUGUCACCCCCUCCUUCUCCCUCCUCCCCUCUGACCUCACCGUUACCAACGGCAACUCGGCUGUGUUCACCUGCGAGACCACUGGAGCCCCCAAACCUGCUGUCAGUUGGAGGAGAGGUUCCCAGCUCCUGGCCAGUGGGACAGUCCAGAUUCCCAGGUUCACCCUGCUGGAGUCAGGUGGUCUGCUGGUUGAGCCAAUCAGGAUGGAGGAUUCAGGCGACUACACCUGUACUGCCGCUGGCGCAGACGGAUCCAUCAACGCUACGGCCACUCUCACUGUCUGGAUUCGUACAUUUAUCUCCGUCCCGCCGGUGGACCAGAGGGUCAUCAAGGGAACCACGGCAACCCUGGACUGUAACGCUACACACGACCCCAGGGUCAACAUCAGUUUCCAGUGGCAGCGUGGAGCAGUACCCCUCCAGCCCAGCGGGGGCAGAGUGUCUAUAUUGUCUGGUUCUCUGACCAUCAGCCAGACUUGGUCAGGCGACAUAGGAGACUAUACCUGCACUGUGACAUCACAGGCCGGGAACCAAUCACGCUCCGCACGCCUCGAAGUCAUUGAGCUCCCCCACUCCCCCAGGUCUCUGUCUGUGUCUCUGAAUGAUUCAGACAGCCGUUCAGUUCUUCUCUCCUGGGUCAGACCCUUCGAUGGAAACUCUCCUCUUCUACACUACAUACUGGAGCUGUCUGAGAACAACUCUCCAUGGAAGGUGUACACGUCGGAGGUGGGGCCUGCUGUGACACAGGUGUCGGUGGGCGGGCUCACCCCUGCCAGGACCUAUCAGUUCAGACUCUGUGCUGUCAAUCAAGUGGGCCGCGGCCAAUACAGCGGCGAGACACAGAGGUUGAUGCUGAGAGAGGAGGCUCCCAGCGCUCCUCCUAAGAACAUGGUGGCGUCGGGUCGUACCAACCAGUCUAUCAUGGUCCAGUGGCAGCCUCCCCCAGAACCGCAGCACAAUGGACUGCUCCGAGGAUACGUCCUCAGGUAUCGUCUGGCAGGUCUACCAGGAGAGUACCAAGAGAAGAAUAUCUCUAGUCCAGAGACAAACUACUGUCUCCUAUCAGACCUCAUAAUCUGGACUCAGUAUCAGAUACAACUGGCUGCCUACACUGCUGCAGGCUUGGGGGAGUAUAGUACUGCUGUUACUGAGUACACACUACAGGGUGUCCCCACAGCGCCCCCUCAGGCUGUAGAGGUAACAGCAGUCAGCUCCUCCGCUAUCAGAUUCACCUGGAACCCUCCGCCUCAGCAGUUCAUCAACGGGAUCAACCAGGGAUACAAGUUGCUAGUCUGGCCAGAGCACUCCCCCGAGGCUGUAACCAUAGUGACCAUCACCCCCGACUACCCCGGUUCCCGCCUCACCGGAUUGGUUGUUGGACUAAGGAAGUUCACCUGGUAUCUAGGCUCCACCCUCUGCUUCACCACGCCCGGCGAUGGACCCAAGAGCCCUCCCAUACUACUACAGACACACGAAGACACUCCAGGUCCGGUGGGUCACUUGAGCUUCACUGAGAUCCUGGACACGUCUCUGAGGGUGAGCUGGGCAGAGCCUAAAGACAAGAACGGCAUCAUCACAGGUUAUGUGAUAUUGUGGUGUGUUUCUGGGUCAGCAUCGGGGUCAGGGUCGGAGGGCAAUGCCUCCUGUGAGGAGCGAGCUCUCGCUAACUCUACCCUGCAAUACAAGGUCACCAGCUUGACCUCUAUGACAUCAUACGCCCUGGAGGUCGCCGCCAUGACAGCGGCGGGAAGAGGCGUGGCCACCACCUCCACCAUCUCCUCUGGAGUUCCACCAGAGCUUCCUGGUGUGCCUUCUAACCUGGUCAUCUCCAACAUCAGCCCUCGCUCCGCCACACUAAGGUUCCGCCCAGGCAGCGAUGGGAAGACGGUCAUCUCCAAAUGGAUCGUAGAAGGACAGGUGGUGAGAGAGAGGGGUGGAGAGAGGGAUGGGAAGGAGGAGGAGUGGAGAGUCGUGUAUGAGAGAGAGAACAGAGAGAAGCAGCCUGAUGUCGACUCAAUGGAAAUACCAGACCUCCUCCCCUUCACACUGUACAGGUUCCGAUUGCGCCAGGAGAACAUUGUGGGCUCCAGUCCCUCUAGCACCCCCUCCAGGAUGAUUCAGACACUGCAGUCGGCCCCUGACACACCCCCUAACAACCUCACCCUGGUUACAGCCACACAGACCAGCCUCACACUACGCUGGGCGCCGUUACCGGUUUCUGAGUAUAAUGGUAGUCCAGAGACGGUGGGUUACCGGGUGUGUGUCCGGCGGGCAGACGGCCGGGGAGAGGAGAGGAUGGAGGAGGUGGCGGAGGUCAGAGGACAGGGGUCAGGGGUUAGUGGUCAGCAAAGCGAGACGAUGCUGGAGGGCCUGGCUGAAUGGACGGACUACCAGUUGAAGAUACAAGCCUUUAACUCCAUAGGAGCAGGGCCAUGGAGUAACACACUGACCACACACACCAAGGAGUCAGUGCCGUCUGGCUGUCCAGUGAAUGUGAGUGUGGAGGCGGUGAGUUCUACCAGGAUUUUGGUCACAUGGUCUCCUGUUCCCGAGAUGCAGAGAAACGGACCCAUCCUAGGUUACAAGGUGUUGUACGCAGUGAAGGAUUGUGUGGGCGCCCCCUCAGUGUGGUCAGUCCCAGGGGAGAGGAGUGUUUCUGUCCUCCUGGGGGAACUACUGAAGUACACAGUCUAUCAGAUACAGCUGGUAGCAUUCACACAGCUGGGGGACGGACCACCGAGCCCCAGAACACUACACAGGACCAAGGACGACGUUCCAGGUCCUCCAGUGAGGCUGUUGUUUCCAGAGGUUCGUCUGACGUCUGUCAGGGUGGUGUGGCAGCCUCCUACUGACCCCAAUGGGAUUAUCUUGGGUUAUCAGAUAGCGUACCGUCUGGAUGCCGGCGACCCCAUGCGGUUCACUACGGUGGAGGUGGGGUCGACCGCGCGUCAGUUUACAGUCAGCAGUUUGACCGGAGACCAGGCCUAUGUGUUCAAGUUGACCGCUAGGACCUCUCAGGGAUGGGGCAGAGCUCAGGAAGCUGUAGUUAUCACCACCGAACGCAGAGAGCGUCCCUCUCCCCCCAGGAAGUUGUCCGUCCCCCAGGGGGAGAUCCAAUCUCGUAGGCUCCGCCUCCACUGGGUUGCCGGGAUGACAGGCUCCUCCCCCCUACGGUACUACUGCCUGCAAACCAGAGAGCUUCCGACCGGAGACUGGACCAGUCACUCUGCUGAUAUACCACACAAUUAUACAGCCUGGACCGUGGAGAGACUGAAACCCUUCACGUCGUACAAGCUGAGGAUGCUGGCAACCAACGAUGUAGGAGACAGCAACUACAGCAAAGAGACGGAGACUGUUAUCACACUACAGGAUGUUCCUGAGGAGGCUCCAGUGAUAGUAUCAGUUAAACCCUCUACUACUACCUCUGUUCUGGUGCAGUGGCAGCGUCCCAGUGAGGAGAGCGUUAACGGGGUGCUGGUUGGCUACCGGCUGUACUACCGGGAACUCCCGGUAAACUCCACCCCUAGUACGGUACCCCUGGAAGACAUGGCCAACAACACCACCACACGUGGUGACAUCACUGCUCUGACCAGCUUUAAGACAGUGAGCAGUGCUUCCUUAACAGAAUUUGAGUUAACGCAGCUGAAGAAGUUUAAGUGUUAUGAGAUCGUCAUGACAACCUAUAACAUCGUAGGAGAGAGCCCACCCUCUGAGCCGGCCACUGUAUCAGUUGGAGAAGCAGCUCCCUCCUUGCCACCCCAGUCUAUCAGAGUGGUGCCUGUCUCUCCUACUGUACUGGAGGUGACCUGGGACCUCCCACCCCUACACACACAGAAUGGACUCAUCCAGGGUUACAAGAUCCACUACUGGCAGGGGGACAGACAGAACGAGACAGAGAAGGUGACGGUGGUGUUUGUUCCUGACACGCGUGUUCGUCUGGUCAACCUCACGUGUUACACGUCCUACCUCGUCACGCUGUCUGCCUUCAACGUGGCUGGAGACGGCCCGCCCAGCGAACCCCGGGGCGCCAAGACCCUACAGGCUGCCCCCAGCCAGCCUAGUUUCCUGUCGUUUUCGGAGGUGACAGGAUGGAGUGUCAACGUCUCCUGGGGGGCGCCCAGCGCUUCUAACGGGGUAGUGGAGGGGUACAGAGUGGUCUACCAACCCACACAGCCUGUACAGGGUGUGAGUCGGGUGGUGACGGUGGAGGUGAAGGGUAGCUGGCAGCGUUGGUUGAAGGUCAGAGACCUGACUAAAGGAGUAAUCUACAGGUUCAGUGUCCAGGCCAGAACAGUCAGCUACGGACCUGCUGCCCACUGUAACGUCACCUCACAGCCUCUACAGGGCACCCCUGGUUCGCCCAUGGAGAUGUCAGUCACCAAGUCCUCCUCGGCGCUGACCAUUCAUUGGUCGGAGGGAGACGCGGGGGCGGGACCUGUCAUAGGUUACAUCAUCGAGGCUCGUCCCUCAGAUGAAGGGAUGUGGGACUCGUUUGUCAGGCUCCUCCCCCCCAGCAGUAGGUCAGUAACCGUGGAGAUGGACCGUCUGAGGUCAGGGGUCGGAUAUGAGUUCCGUGUCAUCGCUGUCAAUCGCUACGGUUAUGGGGAACCCAGCACGCCGUCCACCGCGCUCGCUGCUCUGUGGGACCGUCCCUUCUAUGAGGAGUGGUGGUUCCUGUUGGUCCUGUCUCUGAUUGGUCUGAUCAUGAUCCUCAUGUUGGUGUUCAGCCUCCUGCUGCACGGACACAACCACAAGUACAGGAGCUGCAGCACAGGAAAGCAUGUGUCUACGGUGGAGGAGUCCGUAACCCUGGACAACGGAGGAUUCACAGCUCUGGAACUCAACAGCAGAACUCUGAACAACAAGAGCAACUUCCACAAGAAGAAUGGAACUAGGUCCCCUCCCAGGCCCAGUCCAGGCCUCCUCCACUACUCUGAUGAAGACCUGUGUGAUAACUACAACAAUGGAGCCAUCCUCACAGAGAGCACCACACUCACAGAGAAACCUGCUGACAUCUCAGAGUCUGAGGUAACAGACAGUGACUGUGAGGAUGAUCAUCAUCCUAAACAUUCCUUUGUUAAUCACUACAUGUCAGAUCCCACCUACUAUAACAGCUGGAAGAGACAACCUAAAGGCCUGAAGGGGUUAAGCCCGGCGUCCGGCUACGAGGAGUGUUCCAGCGCUGACGGGGCAGAGCCCUACUACCAGACCGUGGUCACACAGCACAGCACAGGGGGAGCGUACACGCCCACUGGGCUGCCCGCGCACACACACACACUCCCACUCCCACACACACUCCCACACACACACACGCACGCCAACCCCAAUACUAAUCCACCAGGCUCACGCACGCCCGUCACGGGGUUCUCGUCUUUUGUGUGACUCGUGCACACAUGCGCACACACACACACACACACGCGCGCGCGCGCGCUCACACACACACACAGAGGGCGGAGCGGAGGAGGUUUGGAGCCCACUACUGUGGUAGGACAGAGGGAUGGAGGGAGAAGGGUGGAAGAGGAUGUUGGGAGGAAGGAGGGAGAGGAGGAUGGGAGAGAGGAGGAUGGGAGAGAGGAGGAUGGGAGAGAGGAGGAUGCG